AUGGCAUCAGUUUAUAAGUCGCUUUCGAAAAGAAAAAAGAAGGAUACUCCCAGGAUCAAUGCGGAGGACGAGGAUGUUGACAUGGAUGUGAUGGACGAUUUCGAGGACGACAGCAGUGAAGAGGACGAAGAGGAAGAAAUAUCGGAAGGCGAUUCAGAGGUCGGCUCGGAUGAUGACGAUGAAGAAGAUGGUGGCGUUAAAACGACACCCAAGAAGAGCUCACAAUCGCAAAAGAACCCGGCUUUUAUGCCAAAAACUAGAGUUCUCGUGCUCACCUCCAGAGGUGUUUCGUACCGACACCGUCAUCUAGUUACCGAUCUCACUGCCCUUCUCCCACACACGUACAAAGAAAGCAAACUCGACACCAAAAAGUCACAAGGAUACAACUUCCUGCUCAACUCAUUGGCCGAUCUCCAUUCCUGCAACGUUGUGUUCUUCCUCGAGGCGCGCAAGCAGGGCCAAGAUCUAUACCUGUGGCUCUCAAGGCCUCCCAAUGGCCCCACGCUCAAAUUCAGCGUUACCAAUCUACACACAAUGGGCGAGCUAGGCACUGGGUUCGCUGGAAACUGUCUCAAGGGAGGACGGGGCAUUGUCGUUUUUGACCCUUCAUUCGAUGACAAUGUUGUGCUACAGAAGGGCAACGAGUGGAGGGGACUGGUCCGAGAAAUGCUACGAAGUGUGUUCGCCGUGCCCAAACGAGGCGUUCGAGGUAUGAAGCCAUUCGUCGACAGGGUAAUUGGCAUCUUCGCUGUGGACGGAAAGAUCUGGAUCCGAGUCUACGAAAUUAGAGAGACGGACGUGGCUACUGCCACUAAGAAGGCGGAGGAAGAACUUCAAAAUGCCGCGGCCGGGGAGAAGAAGAAGAAGUCCAAGAGUGCUGCUGGCGGCGGUAAGGGUGGGCCUGAAAUCUCGCUGGUCGAAAUUGGACCGCGGUUUGUCCUUACGCCAAUCGUGAUACUGGAGGGAAGCUUUGGUGGCCCGGUUAUCUACGAGAAUCGCGAGUAUGUGAGUCCCAACCAGGUUAGGCGCGAAAUACGGAUGAAGAAGGCCUCUCGAUACAAUGCCAGGAGAACGGGACAGAUUGAUAGGAACGUCAAGAAGACGGAGCUGGGAUUAAACACUGAAAGCUCAAAGGAUAAGAAGGUCGAUGAGCUUGAUUCAAGAGUAUUGUUUGCAUAG